ACGGUCUGAUCUGCUGUUCCUCCCUCGCAAUCUCCACCGUCAAAUACGUACACGCCCGCACUGUACACCAUAUACAAAUACAAAGAGAGCCACUUCAAGAAGAAGUCUUUGCAGACAGAGAGAGAUAGAGAGAGACAGGGAGAGAGAGAGAGAGAUUUUUGAUUUUUGAAUGGAGAUUGAGAUGGUUGUCUUGUUCUGCUAAAGCUGGAGUGCAUAAACUAGAAGAAAAAGAACAAAAAACUCUGGGUCUGUAUCCAUUCUGCUUCUUAUUCUUCGUUUCCCUUCAAAAUUUUUGAAUAUUGGAUUCAAAGUUUCAGUCUUUGAACUAAACCCAACACCUCUUUCACCUUAGAGUUUCCAUUUUCUUGAAGAAUUUCUCAGUUUGGGUCAUAAGUGAGCUAAAUCUACUGUUUGAUUCCUGUUUCUGUGUCUUUAAGUGUUGGAAUAGUCCCAGUGGCUCCUUAAAGCUUUGGAUGACUUGAAUCCCAGUCAACUUGAGCAAAAGUCUGAGAAAAUGGUUGAAGAUUGUGGGAAAAACGGGGGCGAAAACUUGUCAGCAGAAGAGUGGCUAGUGAAAGCACAGCAGCUAGUUCCUGAGGCUCUAAAGAGGGCUAGAGAGGUGAAAGGAUUUCCAGGGAGGUGGAAGAUGAUUGUAUCGAAAUUGGAGCAGAUCCCUUCAAAGUUGUCAGAUUUAUCGAGCCAUCCAUGCUUCUCCAAGAACACUCUCUGCAAAGAACAGCUGCAGGCAGUGCUGCAGACACUGAAUGAAGCCAUGGAGUUAGCUGAGAUAUGUGUGGGAGAAAAGUUCGAGGGAAAGCUCCGAAUGCAAAGCGAUUUGGAUGCAUUAUCUGGGAAACUGGACUUGAAUUUGCGCGAUUGUGGGCUGUUGAUCAAAACAGGAGUUCUUGGUGAAGUCACUUUCCCAGCUGCAGAAGCUCAGGCUGUUUCUGCUCCAGGGAAUGGGAAUUUGAGGGAAUUGCUUGCUCGGCUUCAAAUCGGGCACUUGGAGGCGAAAAACCGAGCUCUCGAUUGCCUUCUUGACGCCAUGAAAGACGACGAGAAGAGUGUUCUUGCUGUUCUAGGGCGCAGCAACAUUGCAGCCCUAGUCCAGCUCCUAACAGCUACUUCUCCUAAAAUAAGAGAAAAAACAGUAACUGUCAUUUGCUCCCUAGCAGAAUCAGGAAAUUGUGAAGAUUGGCUAGUUUCCGAAAGCGUUCUCCCGCCAUUAAUCCGCCUGGUGGAAUCCGGCACCAAUUUGGGGAAAGAGAAGGCGACGAUUUCUCUCCAGAGGCUCUCAAUGUCGCCGGAAACCGCUCGCGCGAUCGUCGGCCACGGCGGCGUUAGGCCGCUGAUUGAUAUUUGCAGAAUUGGCGAUUCCGUUUCUCAGGCCGCCGCCGCUUGCGCGUUGAAGAAUAUCUCCGCCGUGCCGGAGGUGCGGCAAGUGCUGGUUGAAGAAGGGAUAAUUAAAGUCACGAUCAAUCUCCUCGACGGCGGCAUUCUUCUCGGCGCUAAAGAGUACGCCGCGGAGUGCCUGCAGAAUCUCACCUCCAGUAAUGAUAGCCUGAAGCGAUCCGUCAUUUCCGAGGGCGGAAUCCGUAGCCUCCUGGUGUAUUUAGACGGCCCGCUGCCGCAGGAAUCCGCCGUCGGCGCAUUGAGAAACCUAAUCAGCCAUGUCGCCAUGGAUUCCCUGGUUUCUCUGGGAAUCAUUCCCAGACUAGUUCACGUCCUAAAAUCCGGCUCAAUUGGAGCCCAGCAGGCCGCAGCUUCAGCUAUAUGCAAAAUCUGUACUUCCACCGAGGCGAAAUCCAUGGUAGGCGAAGCAGGAUGCAUCCCUCUUCUGGUCAAAUUGCUGGAGGCGAAAGCGAACAGCGCAAGAGAAGUUGCGGCGCAAGCCAUUGCGAGCCUGAUGAGUGUUGCGCAGAAUUGCAGGGAGAUUAAGAAGAUGGAUAAGAGUGUGCCGAAUUUGGUCCAAUUGCUGGAGCCGAGCCCGCAAAACACUGCCAAAAAAUACGCAGUUUCGUGCCUUGCCUUGCUCUCCUCGAGCCACAAAUGCAAGAAGCUGAUGGUUUCGUAUGGGGCAAUUGGGUACCUCAAGAAGCUUUCUGAAAUGGAUGUUCCAGGCGCCAAGAAGUUGCUCGAGCGGCUCGAGAGAGGGAGACUGAGAAGCUUGUUUACUAGAAAGCUACUGUAAUGUAAUCCCAACUGUGUUUGAACUUUGAAAAAUAUUUCAUAUUAUUCUUAAUGGAAAAUGCUUAUUUCCUGUAUAUUUUUA